CAUAAACUUGCUUCAUCCUACUACUCUUUCACAACAUAUCCAGGAAGGCAACCGACUUCAACGCCAAGCGCACCACUUACGAGAAGACGACCGCAGCCGCCCGCGCUGUCAAGGACAAGAACCAGCCCAAGAAUGAGCGUGGCUGGUACAAGAACGCAUGGCGCAGCCAGUGGGGCAAGAUGUGGGACGGCUACAAGCGCGACCCUGUGCGCUUCACGGCUGGCGAGAAGCAGACGCUGACGGAAGAGGAGGUCGGUCUUUGCAAGGAGCUUGAGUCUUUGCUGCCAAGCCGGGCUUCCGUGAGCGUCAAGGACGCCAAGGUGUCCUACGGUGCCAUCGACGCUGGGGGCCUUCUGGGACCGCUGGCCAAGGCCUUGAGCGGCCUCUCUUCAAAGACCAAGCGCUCCUCUCUGGGGUCCACAGGCGCCGUCGACGUCGCCGCCGCGCCCCAGCCCAGCCCGCCCAUGCCCCCGCCCAUGCCCCAGUCCAGCCCAGGCGCCAUCGACAAGCUGGCCGCGGCGGGUGCCGAGCGCAUGAAGGCGCUGGGCGACAAGAAGCGGACGGAUGCGCAGAAGCGCAAGGAUGAGAGGACGGCCGAGGCGCCAGCUAAGAAGCACAAGGGCGAUGAGGCGGUAGCCCCGGCUGCCAAGGCCAAGACCAAUGCCAAGACUGCCGCUGAGGGCAAGGCUGCCAAGGUUCCAGCCGCGAAGGCUGGCAAGGCCGCCAGGGGCAAGGCCGCCAGGGGCAACGCCGCCAGGGGCAAGUAGACUGCCAAUGCUGGUGCUACAUGGAUUGUACAAUGUUCGGACUAGGCCUAGUACGGCUUAUUCUGGACUUAGCUACCGAGCAUUAGGAUGUUUGGACCCUGUGUAGACCACCUAGCGGUAGUAUGUUUGGACCCUGUGUAGACAUCCACUCCAGCAUGAGCGAGUGGCAUUUGAGGACUGCUGUGCUGCAUGCUGUGUAGACCACCUAGCGGUAGUAUGUUUGGACCCUGUGUAGACAUCCACUCCAGCAUGAGCGAGUGGCAUUUGAGGACUGCUGUGCAUGACAGUGAGACUGUGAUGGGCGACAGAGCGCCUUGGACUGUGAUGCACUUACUGUCAGAUCGUAGUUGCGUGGAAAGCGAGUGAGAUGGUCGGUUCAGGCAAUCCUGAAACAUGUGUGCAGCCAGGGUCCGCCGCAGAUGUGGUAUAGAGGCAGUGUAACGUGCUCUGGAAUGAAGAGUUUCAUGUGUUUCUCCGUGGAUUGUACGGUUCCCCCGUGUUUCUGUUUUCGAAUCGCGUCUCAAGACGCAGUGCGUCUCGUGCAUCGCGUGUGUGUGAGACGCGGCGCGUCUAGGGUAUCAGGCUAGCGUCUGGUGUGACGCAUCGCGUUAGCUAAGACGCGCUCUCCAUGCAAUUGUACCGCGUCACGACUCGCGUUCCAUUGCGUCUCGCAGACGCAGUGAAACGCGCUAUCUGUAAUGGUGCCCCGCUUCAC